AUGAAGGCCAUCCGGCGCUCCUUGAAGGGGGAGAAAGAUCCCAAGCAUCAUCAUCACCAUAUCUCUAUCACUCCCAAGUCCGCCAUUGCCAUCCUGCCACCCAAGAAGGUCAUCAAAGCGCUCUACGACUACACCCCCGAACCCGGCACCACCCAGGAAUUGGCCUUUAGCAAGGGCGACUUCUUCCACGUUAUCAGCAGGGAGGACGAUUCGGACUGGUACGAGGCCUGCAAUCCGCUCAUCCCUAGUGCCCGAGGGCUCGUUCCCGUCUCCUUCUUCGAGGUCAUCGGUAAAAACGAAAGGGAUAGUGGGGGGUCCGUGGAUCUACAUAAAAAGGAACACCACGAUUCUGGCUUCUCCGACCGCAGUCCCACGUCCGAUUCUUCCACCAACACCACCCGACACGGCGCGUUCAGAAUGUCUGCUCUAGGAAAGGGCCAGGGCGCCAUGGUCUACGGUAUCGUCCAGUACGAUUUCCAGGCUGAGCGACCCGAUGAAUUGGAUGCGCGCGCUGGCGAGGCCAUCAUCGUUAUCGCCCAGUCGAACCCGGAGUGGUUUGUCGCGAAGCCGAUCGGUCGUCUCGGUGGCCCAGGCUUGAUUCCCGUCUCGUUUAUCGAAUUGCGCGAUAUGCAGAGUGGUCAGGCUGUGACCGAUCCGCUGGAGGCUGUGCGCCGCGCGGGUGUGCCCAAAGUCGAGGAGUGGAAGAAGAUGACCGCGGAGUACAAGAACAGCAGUAUUACACUGGGCAAACUUGAGCCCUCUGGCGGUGGCGUUGUUGCGGUGACCGCGGGCAUGGACAAGAUGUCCAUGAGCGGAUCGCACCAGAGCGCCAGCCACAUGAGUCAGAAUGGCAACACCUAUGGAUACCACCAACGCAAUGCCAGCAAAGGCACUAUAGCCGGCCAAGCCUCGCAAGGCUACCAGCCCCCCCUCCUCGCGCCAGUCGCCGCUUCGAUCCCGCGCUACUGCUUCGAUAACGACAAGUAUUGGUACAUUAUCGAGGCCAAGAUGGACGAUGGUCGGUGCUGGGAAUUGUCGCGUUACUACCACGAUUUCUACGACUUCCAGAUCGCCCUUCUCACCCAGUUCGAAGACGAGGCAGGCAACCGUGGCCGUCCUCGCACCCUGCCCUUCAUGCCCGGUCCCGUCACCCACGUCACGGACGCCAUUUCCAACGGCCGUCGUCAGAACCUCGACGAGUAUAUCAAGAAGCUCCUUUCCAUGCCUCCACACAUCGCCCGUUGCCAACUAGUACGGCAGCUAUUUGCCCCGCGCCAGGGCGACUUUGAAAUUGACCCGAGCGCUUUCGGUGAGGAGGCGCGCUACUCGGACCAAUCGCACCACUCCUCCUCUGGUCUGGAGCCAUCGCGCAGCGUGUCCCGUCAGUCUUCACAGGUGCCCAUGAACGCCGGGCCCGACCGCGCAUCGCAGCAGCGUGCCCAAGGUGCUGCCCCGGCUGCCUACGCUAACGGUGGCCCGCCCCCGAUGAACCGUCAGCCCAGCUCCUUGACUCAAGUUUCUAGCACGUCCAACUCAAGUGCUAUGAAGGUCAAGGUGUUCUUCCAGGAUGACUUGAUUGCCAUCCGCAUUCCUUCAGGCGUGAGUCUGCAGCACCUCAAGGACAAGCUGUGUGAUCGACUCAAGAUCCAGGAGGAUAUCAUCGUGCAGUAUCGCGAUGAGUCCUCUGGGACUUAUGUCGAUCUGUUGUCAGAUCAGGAUCUGGAGAGCGCAAUGCAGCGCAACACUAAGUUGACGUUGUUCGUCAACAUUGCAUAA